AUGCCCGCACCUACAGCCCUCCAGCGCAGGCCCGAAGAGUUCGCCGACGAUGUCACCAUGGAGGCCUCCUCCGUUCCUCUCCCGACCGAAAGCGAGGGCGACCUCAUCUCUAUGAGCCUUGACCCGGUCGAGGCUGCGCACGACGCCCCAGCACCCACAGAAGACAUGCCCAUGACAGACGAGAGCGGAAAGCCCAAGUUCCCUGCGGCCAAGUCGAUACCGCUCGCUUUCCGCCGCGAGCAGCGCAAGGUCCCGAUCCCACCCCACAGGAUGACACCACUCAAGAACUCGUGGCCCAAGAUCUACCCUCCGCUUGUUGAGCACCUCAAACUGCAAGUCAGGAUGAACACAAAGGCAAAGGCUGUUGAGUUGCGCACUUCCAGUGCUACCACCGACACCGGCGCGCUCCAGAAGGGAGAGGACUUUGUCAAGGCAUUCACUCUGGGCUUUGACACAGACGAUGCCAUUGCGCUGCUUCGAUUGGAUGACCUCUACAUCGAGACCUUUGAGAUCAAGGACGUCAAGACCCUACAGGGCGAGCAUCUCGGUCGUGCGAUUGGUCGAAUUGCAGGCAAGGACGGCAAGACCAAGUUCGCAAUUGAGAACGCCAGCAGAACACGAGUCGUCCUGGCGGACCAGAAGAUCCACAUCCUCGGUGGUUUCAAGAACAUUCACAUCGCACGUGAAGCCAUCGUCAGCUUGAUCCUGGGUCAACAACCAAGCAAGGUGUACGGCAACCUACGAACAGUCGCUGGACGCAUGAAGGAGAGGUUCUAG